AUGAUCUCAGUGCUAAUAAUAGCACAAGCCCAUUUACUAUCGGCAGCCCCGGUAGAAUUUUCCUCCGCACCACCCUGGUGGCUUCUGAUCGAAAAGCCUGAAUACUGGCCUAAAGGCCUGGACGACUGGUGUCGGGACUUCCUCACGGCGAUGAUACAUUGCGAGGACGAGGCGAUCAAGCAUGGCUGGCUGAAAGAGGACCAGCGGCUCUCUGAUCCGAUGCAAAAUACCUGA